CUCUCUCUCUCUUCCAGCGCGGACUAGCAGACAGAAGAAAAGACUGAACAAAAGAAGGAAGGAAAUGGAUGAUGCUGAAGGAAGAAGAGAGGAGAAGAAAACGAGGGAAGGUAUGAUAAUCAGUACGGGACUGAAAACAGUAGUGGAAGCCAUUCACGCAAGCCCCACGCAGUCCGUCCUCUAUCUCUCUGGUGGAGCCUCUCAGGCUGUUGCGUGGCUGCUAUCCGUUCCUGGAGCCUCAAGCACAGUCCUCGAAGCCGUGGUGCCCUACUCCAGAAUGUCUAUGAUCCAGUUACUCGGGAAGAUUCCGAACCAGUUUUGUAGCUCACACACUGCUGAAGAAAUGGCUUUGUUGGCCUACAAUCGCGCGCUCAAGCUCUCCUCACCAGGUUAUCCGGUUGUUGGUGUGGGUUUUACUGGUACUUUGGCUACCUCACGUCCAAAACUCGGGGAGCACAGGCUUCACUUGUCAACAAGGACAUCUGACAGACUCUGGGUAUCAACGGUGACCCUUUCUAAGGGUUUACGAAAUCGAGAGGAAGAAGAUAUGGUUGCAAGUAAUCUUUUACUCAAGGCAAUUGCAAAUGCAUGUAAAGUUCCCGGAACAUUUGUUUCAGAGCUCACUGACUCCGAAGUACCUGAUGAAUGUGAAAAGCAGUUCAGUGAAGAUGAAGAGUUGGAGCAACUUAUAAAUGGGCAAAUAUGCUUUAAGGUUUAUCCGUUUUCGAGUGAGCCACACAUGUCAACUGCAGAAAGGAAGAUAAUACUGUCUGGUUCUUUUAAUCCAUUACAUGAAGGUCACAUGAAGCUCUUGGAGGUUGCUACUAGCUUAUGUGGCAAUAGCUACCCAUGCUUUGAAAUAUCAGCAGUCAAUGCUGACAAACCUCCACUUUCAACAUCACAAAUCAAAGAUCGUGUCAAGCAGUUUGAGAACAUUGGAAAAACAGUAAUUAUAUCCAAUCAGCCAUACUUUUAUAAGAAAGCUGAAGUUUUCCCAGGCAGUGCUUUUGUGAUUGGUGCUGACACAGCAGCAAGGCUGAUUAAUCCCAAAUACUAUGACGGGAACUACAAGAAGAUGCUGGAGAUACUUAUUGGAUGCAAGAAAACAGGGUCCACUUUUCUCGUGGGUGGUCGUAAUGUGGAUGGUGUUUUCAAGGUUCUUGAAGAUUUUGAUAUUCCAGAGGAGUUAAGAGAUAUGUUCAUCUCAAUACCAGAAGAGAAGUUCCGCAUGGAUUUAUCCUCCACUGAAAUUAGGAAACGACUUGAGAAGUAAAUGUUGCAGUAGCUUAGACUAAAGCAUUGGCUUCUGCCUGCCCCCAAAAUAAGAUUCUGAAAGAAACGCAAAAGCAUGGCUGCUGACUUGCCUGAGUGAAUAAAAGGCGAUACAAGAACUAGAGUAUCCAUACAUAUGGAGGUGGUGGAGUAUAUAUAUAUAUAUAUAUAUAUAUUUAUUUAUUUAUUGGAAUAUGGAGGUGGUCUCUUUGAUUAGAAACCAUUCGUUGACUUGAUAAUAUUAAGAUGAAAUUUGUAGAUGGGAACAAACACAUAUGGGGGGUAAGAGGAAGAGGAAGAGACAUCUAAUCUUGAUGGGACUUGCCCAACCAAACAAACGCUCAUGGCAGCAUGUCAACCACUGAAAUUUAAAAAAAUUUAAAAAAACCCAGAUAAAAAGGCCCUGGGCGGAAAAAUAUAUUCGUGAUCAUGAUAAGCACACUCGUGUGUAACUGUAAUAGAAAGCAACUUUUAUCUUUGAAAUAAGCAACAAUUCAAUUAAUCAUAGCUGAGAAAAAGGAAGAAAUCAAGAGAUGAAAGCACUGAUGCUGAUGCUCUGUUUCUGAUCAAGCACCGCAGCCUGCGCUGCAGCCUGCAGCGGCGCACGUAGCGCCGUGGGUACCAGUGUGGGUGGCGGAGGAGGAGGUUUUGUCUUUAGGAACACCAUCUGCACAGGAGAAGAUGACGGCUGAGAUAACAGCAAAGGUGACGAAAGCUGCCCACAACAACAGCAUCACAAAAGCUGCACUGCUGCUGCUGCUGCUUAAACUAAUCUCCCCACUCCCAGCACCUCCAUCUCCAUGCCCUCUUCUUGCCAACAACUCUUUCCAGUCCCUCACCAUACGUAAUAUGAUAUGGCUAUCUUAUCUGCCUCCUCUUUCUCUCUGUCUGUCUGUCUCAGUCUGUGUGUGCGCGCAGAAAUGGCUGAUAAGGUUUUUCGAAAAAGGCUUUGAAUUGAUGAUAA